GUUCUAGCUGACAAAUAUAAAUUGAACAAAGGGACCUUAUUGUCCUUCUAGGCUGUAGGUAGUAAGUAGAAAGCGCCAGGGGUGUAGAGGGCUUACUUUCGGUAAGCGCAAAAUAGUUUUUUUAUAGGAGCACUUUUUUUCAUUAUAGCACUAACUCAGGCAUUAUAAUAUUCUUAUUACUAGUCUUUUUUCCUCAACAUCAUUUUAGAAUCUUGUAUUUAUUUAAUUUUGGAGAAUAGAUACUAUAGCGGAAAGUAUGGUUCGAUAUGCGCAACGUCCGUGGUAUAACCCUCUGGGGUAUAUGGCUGCCUCGCCCGCCGCCUAUGUUUCAAUGGUAUUUAUGAUAAGUCUAACGGCGGUAUGGCCCUUUCGGUAUCGUAUUUCAGAGUACUUUGAACGUCAACGGGCAGGACCUCACGUCGAGAUCCGUCAAAAGGCGGUGAUGUAUUACAAUGAAAUCGAACGUAUGCAUCGUCGCCAGGCGAUGGUGAAUCAGGAGAACUUGCAGAACGAUAACAGCGGGCAGCGGCUGCAGGCUGCGAUGGUGGCUGAGGCUUUGAAGAUGGGGCACGCUGACCAGGAGUAUAAUUACUGGUACGCGCAUCAGCGGGAUGCGAUACGUGCGGAGAAGCUGCUAUUGGAAAUUGAGGAGUUAAAGAGGAAGAUUGCGUCUGAAAAGAGGAAGUAAAGUUGCUUAUUCUCUUUCUUUCUUUCCAUUCUGCUUCCUUACUCUUUGUUUAGUUGAGGUCAAUCUCCCCCUUUUCGUAUAGUUUGUGCUGCUUUUGGGAAGGCAAGCCCCUUUUUUCCCCUUUGUCCAUCCACUUUUUCUUCAAGCUAUACUGCGCUUUUGAAGGUAUUGCAGAUAACUUUGCAUUAUGCGAACUUGAUUCUUCCCUUUCUCUGCAGUCUGAAGGAAAAAAGGGUGCAUCUGCAUUAACAGCAAUGUACUUCUUGACAAGCAAACAUUUAA